AUGUUGAAUGUCCAGCAAGCAUUCCCUGGCGCCCAGGACAUGCCGGAACAAGAGCAUGAUCCGUACACCUAUGAAAAUGAAGACUCCGGUCGCCUGACUAGCGCACCCUCUCCCGAGCCAUACGGUAUGAUAGUGUCGGACCCCACCCCCACCCACGUCGCCCACUGGGGCACUCAUCAGGCACAGCCAUUUACCGGAUACGUACAGGACUAUACCAUCGUGCCGCAAUAUGAACCCCCUCCAAAGAAACAGCGGGUCGAACGAAGGCGAGAACGCCUGAACUAUACAAGAUAUCAGCUGGAAGUCUUACAUUAUGUCUACAAGUUUAUCCGUUAUCCCAACAACAUGCAGAAACAGCUGAUCGGCAAGCGAGUGGGAAUAUCGCGACAUCAAGCAAAGAUAUGGUUCCAAAACCGCCGUCGGAAGGAUGUGAUGAACAUUCCCCCGGCUGACCUCCCUGACGACAAGUCCAUGGUCCCAGAUGCAGUCAAAAAAGGAGUUCUCAGUGAACUUCUCAAACACAAGGACGAGACGCCCGUAAAAACUACAUUCAAAUCCGAGAAAAGGAAAUCCAUGGAUCCGCGUUCCGUUGGGAUGUCGCCACAACACAUUGACAAUGUUGGCAGGUCGUCUCCCCUUGGUGCCCGAAGGAUGGGUACCGCCUCUCCCGACGUGCUACUCAAUUCUGAUAGCAAUGCUAGUUACUCCAGUCAGCCCCGCUCCGCCGGUCAGCACUUGAUGUCCGAGGACGUCUACUCGGAUGCCAACUCCAACCCAGGUUCGCCAUACUCGCCCCAGAUGACUAGCGGACCUCCAAGCCGCCAUUCCACAGACCAGGGAGUUUAUUCCGAUUCACCUUCAAAUCCAGGAUCACCCUUUUCUCAGUUUUCUGUGUCGCCAACCAGCGCGUUCAAACCGAGGCAAAAGGUUAAUCAGAAUAGACUGAACUCGCCGGACGAAAAUCGUGCUUACCAACACCCAACAUCCAAUGAAACGCAUAGGGAAAUGUUCUUUCAUUACAAUGAUGGCAGUUACCAUUUUCCCGGCGGGAGACAAGCUCCUUCGAUCCCCGUCAUAUCCUAUCCCAGUCAUCCGCACACGAACGAGAUGUCACCAUAUGUGCCCCAGCAGGCGAUUAGUCCUUCAGAUCAGGAGAAAUCUCCGUCGCCAAAGUCACAACCAAUGCCAAAUGUCGCUUCACCGCAGGAAUUUGGUCAUUUCCCGGGAUAUCAAGAACUCAUGAACUACAAACAAGCUCAUGAAGUGCCCAAUACGCAUAAUCCCAGUCCGCUGGAAGAUCACAGUGACGACCUUGUGUCCCAUCGCUCACACUCCAACAGUGAGACCGGUAGUGACCAUGGCGAGCAUUCAGACACGUCUCGUCUCAUUCCGAUAGCGCAUCAAGCACCAGCCUUCAACGUCAACCGAGUCUUCCCCUUCCCCUUCUACGCCGAACCACCGAUGGCGCUGUCUUCCAUGCCUAACCACCACUACCAGUAUCACCCAGCGUGGGCCUAUCAGGCACAAGCGAUCCAGACUGCCCACAACCCAUUCUAUGGUCACGGUCGGGAUCUCCCUGUGGAACAACCGCACCCUGAUCGGAUACACAGCGGUCCAGACCCUGCCAGUAGUCCACCUGCAACUUUAAAGGACUUGUAGAAAGUCGUUGUGCUUCUCUGUUGUGCUGUUUUCAAGGACAAUCUCGCUAAUUUGUAUAUCAAUGUUAUGAGAUCCACCACGUGCUGUAAAACAUUUCGUCGUUGUCCCCGACGAAAGGACGUGUUUGUCCUAAGCGGUCUUCGAACUUUUUAACUCGUUGAUAUCGUUGCAACCAUCUAAAUUUGACACAAUUUAUUGCAUCCAUUCCCAUCGUUUUUUAAUAUGUCACGUGUAAUCUACAAAUGGAUUUACUAAUGGAACUACGAACAAUUUUAAUUGCAUUUUUAUUUCAAUGAACAUGUAUAUAAGACUAUGGCACAUGACAAUUUCCUGCACGGAUAUGCUCUUAAUACUUUUCCGGUUAGUUUUAUUGUGUUUUCUUGAAUUUUGUCGAAGAAGUGUCACUCUCUAACCAGCAACCUGGCUGAGCAAAUGUGUCUCCAUGUUCAUAAUUUGGUACAAAACUCGUUCUUAUUGUAUUAAUUCUCGACAUAAUAAUAAUAAUGAUACGCACUGUAAAUACAUACAUGUAAUUCGCAGGACAACCGACAAUUUCCACUGCAUUUAAAUCGGAGGCUGGUUGGGCCUGAUUAUGAUUGUGAACCACGUUUUGUGGGAUGCACUCGGGUCCCUGGCAUUAUUAUACUCAAUUAUGUUUUAGGUUUGUUUUUGCUACUAUUUUACAUAUUUUAUCUGUUCCGUUGGUUCAAAUAAAGAUAUUAUUAAUUUGUA